UUUUUAUCAGGGAUAUUAAUAUUUUAUAAUGUGAUUUUAGGCAGUUCUAUCAAUAAAAUAAGUUUUUAUAUAUCAUUAAGAUUACGCUUCAAUUAACUUUUACAAUGGCAUCUAAAGAUUUAGUGAAACAAGUUUCUCCAUGGUAUUCAAGUGCUGAAUGGAGGCAUGUGUUUAGUUUAGUGUUCUCGUCUGAAUAUGUGAAUCGAUUGGAAGGUUUGAAUUAUAUGAAAAUGUGGAAAGUUAGAACACCGUAUUUGUCUGGAGGAAUACAAGGGACGAUGGAAAUUCUUGAAGCAGUUUUGUAUGAUGAGAAUCCUGACAAUGAUAAUCAAAGUAAUAGAACAAAACAAACAGUAUACUCUAUGGCAAUAAUGCGGUGGCUCAACUUAAUAACUGACUCAACAAAGUAUAAUACAUUGUAUCAUACUGCUCAAAAUUUACAAAUUCCACAUUGGAUUAUUAAUAUACGCCAUGCAGUCGCUCAUAGUACAGAAUUAACACCUAUAGCUUUGCUUAGAGAGGCCUCACAAUAUGCAUUAAAAUGGCUUUAUGAGAUGUAUUGGAAAUUAGAAAAUGAAGAAAUAAUUGAUUAUAUUAUUACAGACAGUAUAAGUGAACCAGAAGAAAAUAAUUACAAACAAUAUUUGGAGAGAUUCUUGUUGAUUUAUGAUAAUGUUGUGAUAUACAUCGGUGAAUACAGGUUUAAACGAAUCUGUGACAUAAAUAUACAUAAAUUGAAAAAAGACUUGGUAACUGAUGUUGAUAAUUUAUUAAUGAAUCCUAAUACAUAUGUAUCCGAACGCUGUUUCUUGAAAUCUUUAUUAUUCAUUGUAAUUAAGAGAAUAAAUCAAGUCAUCAAGAAGUACAAAGAGAACAAUAAAUUCAUUGAUGUCUAUGUGGAUAGUCUAUUAAACUGUAACAAUUUCCUGAGUAGAAAUAUUUUGCCCAAGGAGAAUGCCUAUUAUAAAGAUUAUGUGAAAUUAUGGAUGCCACUUCUGGACCACUUACAUGUUGCAAAUGCUCUGCCGUGCUUGGUCAAGAAAUUAAUUGAUGUGUCUUGUUCUGAUAAGUCUGAUAGAGGAAUCUUUGCAUAUACAUGGCUUGAAUAUGUUUUGAAUGGCCUCGCAAAGUGUAAAUCUGUACAAAAAAUUACAGAGACGAAUUAUUCGAAUCCACCAACAGUAAAGAGGGCAAUAAUGGAAGCAAGUGCAGGUUUGCCGGAAAUUACUUCACCUGUUAUGUUCAGACCGGAACUUCCUUUAGAUAAAUUUUUUUUGAGCAUGGAUGCAUUAAAAUAUACUUUAUUAAAUAAUUCUGGAGUUCCGAAUGGAAAAUACUGGAAAAUUUUAUUAGAUCUGAUGGAAGAAAAAUUGCCUCCAGAAGCCAUUAGUACGAUAGACAGACUACAGAACUUAGUAAAUAGUAAACGCUGUGAUCUUGAUAUUCCAUUAAAUCCAGACAAUACUGAAAGAAAAAUAUACACUGUUGAGGAUGUAAGAAAAGCUAAAUUAGAACAUGACAUAAAAAAUCAGGUUGACAAUGCCGAGCAAACAGUGACUGUGAAUGGUACUGGAAAUAAAAAAGAAAACAAUCCUGAUGCUAUCUGGAGAGAAGUUGAUGAUGAUAUUGAUUGGUCCACAAUUCCAUUCGGUGCUUUACCUAGCAGUCUGCAAACUUAAAAUGUAUUAAAUAAUACACAAAUGACAAUAAUUUUAUUAUAUUUAUAAUACUUAAACAAUGUUUAGUUUGCAAUCAUAUGUGGAUUGCAAAUUAUUCUGCAUUAGAAAAAUGCAUUUAAAUAUAUGGAG